GAAAAUAUAAGUGCUGGAGGCGGUAUAUUCAGACACGUACGUUACGAAAAUUCGCCUAAGAAAUUCCCCCAAAUAAACGACGUAAAGGGAGGUAAUCGACAUUACCCUCUUAUCUACAUUCUCGUUUGAUUCAUUUCCUUUUUGGCUUUUUUCCACUUUAUUGGUUAUUUGAGAUUGCUUGAAAUAUUCAAAUAUUUUAAGCAAAGCAAUUUUUUUACCUUGUCAGCCUCAAAUAGUAGCGAAAAGUGAUAAUUCAUUUAAGACUUGUCUCUAAAAUAUCCCGCUUUUCAUGCUGUUUGAUGUGUAAUCCUGAAUCAUUGGACUGUUUGUUGAUUGUGGUUGCUGUUCUUAAACUGCAUUUCAAAAAAGCUACCUACAAAUUUUCUUCCGCUGGUGUUCUGACAAGCAUUUAAAAUUACAAGACAUUUCUGAACUCAAAAUUAAAAGUUUUGAUGGUUCCAGAUUUUAAAUUAUAGGACAAAACUGUUAUAUCUAGAAAUACUCAGUUAAUAGGUCAUCACAUUUCUGUACUAAAGAGAAGGAACUCUAUAGUCUAUCUCUAUUUGUUAAAAAUUACCUCAACAUAUUGCUUCGACGGUAUACCGCCGAUACAACUGUAGUUAUAUUGGUCCCUUAUCCGCUGCACACAGUAUUACCAAUCAGUAUUUAUUUGUCACGUGUAGUUUUUCAAUGGCACGUAAACUCCGUAUUCGAUAGUAAGACUUGUCUGAUUUUAUGCGGGAUACGGGCAUCUGGAGCCAAAAUAUUGAUAUGGAACGUCUUCUGGAACACGGAAAAUGUCAGGAUUGUUCACACCCGUAACAGAUAACAAGGAAGACUAUUUAAAAAAGCUGGUAGUCAAAACAACGGAAUUUAGUGCUAAACAUGAUGUAAAACAGUCCAGAAUGCCGUGGCAACCAGCACCACGACGCUAUUUUUCACUGUAUAAUGUCACUGUUGUCAUCCGGCUAGUUGUCAGAACUCAGUAUUUAUUGCUCGCGAAGUCAGCCAAGUUUCAAACUUCUUGUAUUUCGUGUAGCUUUAUCAUUAGGGUCAGUGUCAUACGUUGGUGUGUUAAUUAAUUUUAUGACAGUUUUUAUUUUUUUGGUAGCGAAAUAUCUCAUAUAGUUAUCUGUAUGUGUAGCAUAACAUGACUUAAGGUCGAUCAAAGUUACAGAAAUACAGUUUCUUUCAAACCACUACAUGAUCACUCUUACUUUCAUACUUCGAUAUCCAUGCAGCCACUUCCUUCUGAAGUAUACCAUUGAUAUCACUUUAAUUUGUAUGAUUUAUUUUAGUUAUUUAUUUGAGAACAUACGAAUGUACUGGAGCUUAGACGUAGCCAUAAUCUAAGUAAAGCAGCUUUUCCAAACAGUAGUCCAUAUAUAUAACUAACGUUUUACCAGAGGUAACUCAGUCCUAAUUGUCUUCGAUUUUGGCUGAAGUUGCUACUAGUCAGGAACAGGCAAUCGCCAUAAUAUUUAUGACAAUCGAUCAGAGCUACCGGCUCACCAGCUUGACUUUCCUAUUUAAAAUGAAGUUUCAGCUGAAAAUUAACAAAAGUAGUCAUAUCGAGUUUAUUUAUUUAUUUGAACACAAAUGCUGGUACAAGGGGGGCACCAAAUAUAUAUGCGCCAUACAAAACAAUGAGGAUUUAAAGAGAAGGGAAAAAAGGUAAGGAGCGUUGGGAAUUAUAAAAAAAGAGAACAAUAACGACCUGAUUAGUGUAAGGUAGUGUAAUAGUAGUAAUAAUCGGGGAAACGAAAAGGUACAAUCAGAAGAAAUCUUUCAGUUAAGAAAGAAGCAACCUUUUUUUUCGAAAAAAAUAAAAUAAGGUUACAGCAGGAUCGCCACUGGCUUCUAUUCUGAGCCAUAUCUGAUAACGUUUGUAGCCACUGUGUUACACCAUCUCUCGGACCCCAGCCAGGGAGUCGUGGUCACCAGCUUCUAUGGGACUGCAUCUCCUCACGAUGCUCCACUGCCUUGUGGGUUAGACCUUUAGGUCAAGGGCUCGGGGCGUGGCUCCCUAAGAAAACCACCUGCCUCGGUCUGGGCACCCGGGCCUUAUCUCAGCCCACACACAAACAUGAACUGUCAUAUCGAGUAAUAUCAUCUUUCUCUUUUUGGCUUCUAAAGUGUGACAAAUUUUGCACGUUCACCACAAAAUGAGCCAAAAAUACAAUCACGAGAAGAAUUUGCCUAACAGAAGAGAAAUUUCUUGUGAAUGGGAUGACAAUGUUGCCGAUACUAAAUCUUUCAGUCAAAACAGUCCUCGUGAUAAAUUUGUAAAAGGUAGCAGUCAUCGAAGUGAUUUAUCAAAAAGUUACAAGGAGUCCGUUCUCUCUGAUAACUGGUCAGCCACAAAUCGCGUCUCAUCGAAUGGACAUGAAACUUGUGAUGAUUUUGAUGAUAGUAACGUUGAAGGCCUUGUUAGUGAUGAUGACAAUGACUUUGAUGAGGAUGACGAUGCAGAAGAUGAGGACUGGGUUGCUUCCGAUUACGAGAAAAAACGUCCUAGUCGCGCUUCUCGAACACAACUCACUGGUUCACGUAAAAUUGGAAAUAGUUGCAGUUCACACCGCAAAAGUUCACAUGGAGAUCGUUCUCAGCGCAGAAUUGGCAGUAGCUUGCCAAGGACAGCUGCUUACAAUCCAGGGAGUAGUCGUAUUGUUUCUUCCAAUAAAUCUUCCAAAUCCGUUGGUCGACCUAGAACUGUUAAUCGCUAUCAAGGUGGAAGUGCUAGGACUGUUCAUACAUCAUCUGGUCGUAAGAUUACUACACGUCGAGUCGAAAAACCAAAGACAAAUAAUAGCAACCCACGAAAAGUAUUUGAUUCACUAAUACCUAACGAACUAAAAAAGCCUCGACAAUGUUUCGGUCCUGGAUGCACUCGAGCUGCUGCAAGACCAGAUACAAAAUAUUGUUCAAAUGAAUGUGGACUUAAACUUGCCAUCAGGCGCUUAGAAACUCUACUACCAGAAAGUUUUCAUGCUUGGUAUCCUGACUUGUUUACAAAAGCCGGAACGGCUCUUUCUGAAUUAGAAAGGCUACCGGAUUGUAUGGCUACCGUUAUUGACAAAUUGCGUCUUAAAGAAAUUAGUAAGGAACAGUGUGUAGUACACAAUCGCUUGGUUGAAUUAGAAAUGGAGCAUCAAAAGCUUACGGGACUUAUCAGUCGAGCUCAAGAGCGAAAAACUGGACGAAACAAUGAACAAAUGCUUGCUGCGGUUGCUCAUGACGCAGAACAAGUGGAACAGAUGGAACCCAUCAUAUGUGUUACGUGCUCAGCUGAAAUCAGUAUGCGACAUGCUCUCAAGCAUAUGGAGAAAUGUUUUCAAAAGAUGGAAGGAAACACUGUGUUUUGUGCUAAUCAAAAGGAGCAAAUCAUGGGUACACCAUUAUUUUGUGAUGCUUACGACUCACAGGCUAGAGCAUAUUGUAAACGAUUACGUGUAGUCUGUGAGCAUUAUAAAGAACCGAAGCUACCUGCAGAUACAGUAUGUGGAUCACCGCUUGUUCACAAUGUCUUUGAAGAAACUGGUGAAUUUUGUUGUGUACCGCGCAAUAAGUGCACUAAACACUUUGGUUGGGAACGUCUACGUCGAGCGAAAAUAGACUUGGAACGAUAUCGCUGUCUAAUUGAAAUGGAUGAAUUAAUGCAAGAGGAACAAAGACUACGACGUGCCAUAUCUCAACGUGGUGGUGUACUUGGUAUUUUACUACACCAAACUAUAGAUCAUAAUCCUGAGAAACCAGUUCCCAUCCCAGGAGAAUUAAAAACAUCUUUGAAAGAUAAAGAACGAUCAGACACUUGAUGUUUCUAAAGAAUUUAAUUUGACUGUACAUAACAGUAGAAUUUAUUUGUUUCUUUUGUACAAAAUGUUUUUUCUAUGAUCUUAUUGCUUUUUCUUAAAAGAUAAUUUGCGCACUAUACAUCUUUCUUCUAUCC